AUGGCGCAGUCGCCAACCCACCUCAAGGAGGAGGCUCCAGACCAGUACGAUCCUACACAUCCAAAUAAUGCAAAUAAUAGAGAGACACAACGUCCAAAAUCCAGAGGCUCGACGACCAGCCUCCAGUCCAUCGGCGUGGGGAGCGCUUUCCAACCAACUGCGCAACAACAGCACCCCCAGCAUCAACAACAACAACAUCAACAUCAUCAUCAUCAUCAUCCGGACGAGCCGACCAUGCCCUUAGACCAAAACACUUUCUUCAUGCAACAUGGCGCCCACCCAGCUGCUGGGGUGUAUGGUCCUAACCCUGAAGAAAUGCUCAUGCAUUACCAACACAAUAUGCCUCCGCAUCAUCAUCAACAACCGAUUGACCCCAACACGGGAUUGCCACCACAUGAGAUGCGUCCCAUGUCUCAACAAGCGUUCCAGGAGAUCCAACACUAUCCUAUGCAGUAUCCUCACGGACUGCCAUAUGCUGUCGCUCCUCAACAUAUGCAUCACAUGCGCCAUCAUUCUGAACAGUUCGAAGGCUCACCUGCGCCCGAAGAUUCAAACAAUGAAAAUGGUGGCGCCAAAAGAAGAAAGGGUACUGCUUCCAGCGUGGCUAACGACCAAGAACUGCGGCGACUACUAGCACAGUAUCAAGGCAAAAGUCUCAAAGAGGUCGCUGUGGAAGUCCAAAAGAAUGAAGGCGCCGGAGGAAAAUCUGAGAAAGCAAAACAAGUCUUUGCUAUGCUUUGGCUUCAAGAAAACUGUCAGCGUUCCUCCAACUCCGUACGUCGUGACCGUGUGUUUACGAGAUACACCGAGCGCUGUGGUAACGAGCGAGUUCCAACGCUAAAUCCAGCAUCAUUCGGGAAACUGGUCCGCAUCAUCUUUCCCAAUGUUCAGACAAGAAGAUUAGGAGUUCGGGGCGAAUCGAAAUAUCACUACGUGGAUCUAUCGCUAAUCAUGGAUGACGACGACCGACAAUAUUCUCUUGUCCCUGAAAGACCUGGAACAUCGAGCGGCAGCCAGCAUGAAAGGCACGGAUCGGUCCAGGAAGCAAACAAAUUAUUCAAAUCCAACGUGACUCCUCCCCUCGACCGACCUAUGUCCCGGGCAACUAUGGAGACAGCCGACUUUCCUGCUCCAAGUGCUGCGUUCUUAUCCAAGGAAGCCGACGUGCCGGGGAAUAAGACGACAACGCCUGUAGAGCCUCAAAUGGAGCGGCUAGAUUGCAGGUAUAUCAACACGCCGACCAUCCGCUUCCCCGUCAAGUCCAUGCCUAUGAAUGUCGUCUUGUCGCUUCCUUCGAUACGUGGACAUCUCCCUGCUAGCAUGGCGACUUACCUGGGAAUGCCAACCCUCAAUUCACUUUCUCAGCCGUCUCCUUCGUCGCAAGAUACGCCUAUCGACUUUCCCGAUAUUCAACCUUACCUCGAGGGAGAAAAUUACGACGCAUCUAUCGCCAAGGCCUUGUUUCAUCUCUAUCGGUCAUACUGUAUCGAUGUGAUUGACGCCUUCCGCAAAUGCAAGGAGAAGCCGUUUUUCAACCAUCACUCCGCUUUCAAUGGGAAGAUGACUGUUCCGGUCUCCAAAUUGUUUUCGAUGCCCUGUUUGGCUCCUUGGAUCCAGGAAUGCGAUAUGCGCAUGUACAAACAGAUUGUCCGAUUCAUCGCUCCCUUAGCAAUACAAAAUGUGCCCGAGGUUGUGUGGAACGUGUUCGAUCGCAUCGGAUCGAAACUGGUCGACCACCUGAUCACGGCCUUCGAAGAAAAAUGCCCUGUUCACGUGAUCGUCGCGAAGAUUGUACCUGCAGCCAGGUUUGUUCAUGUGCUGAAGAAGCUCAAGGGCGCCAAUGCAGCGACGUUGCAACUGAGUCGAAUGCUUGAGGAUCCGCAACAGAGAACUCAGAUGUGGCUCGAUCUGAUGUCCAUUGUCGAUCCUGAUCGCCUGCUCGAGGAUAGCAUGCCACCGCCCGAAAGUCUCGAGAAGAUGCUGGGCAUGCUGAAGCACGACAUGAGACCACUUGUCGAUCCAAUUGACGAUGCAUUGGUCCAUGCAGCGGAGGACGACACGGCUAGCGCAUACGCAACCUUUAUUAAUGACCAUGCCGACUCCUGCGACGGCAUACUACUCCCAGAAUCCAGCGAUGCCUCUACUCCUUUGCUUGAGCGGUGGAUCAAUUGGCUGGAGCGAUUGCCCCAGCUUUUCGACGGCCAUCACCCUCAAUGCAUGAUCAACUGGCACACAAGAUUAUGGAGGAGUGUCAUGACGCAAAUGGGACAAGGUGGUGCUCACAGCUAUCAAUCAUGGUGGUUCGUUGAGUCAUUCACCACGCAAAUGCUCGACUGGAUGACGCAGAUGGAAGGACUGCUACUGAACUCACAAAUUCAGAAGCUUGCAGACGAGAGGGAGCAAGAGAAGCGCGAGGAAACCAAAACUCAUCCGGACGUACUUUUUCGUGGCACUAAAAGAAAGAGGGCAGUCCAGGAUGUUGAUGCAGACGCCAACGCUCCAGCAGAACCUGACUCGCGUAAGUUGGUGAAGGUGGAAAUGGGUCCCGGCUCACCUACACUUCCAGCAGUCAGUGUCGAGCAGCAAGCGGGCCAGCAGAUCGAUGACGAUGAAACCGACGCAGAACUGGACGAAUUACGACGUGGCGGCCCUUUAGAUCUGCCUAGCUUCCACACAGGCCUUAGCAGUCCAGUCAAGCACCGCGCAACCGGCAAUCAUGACGACAGCGGGAUUGACCUUGGGCUCGAUGUCGACGUUGAAGCGGAGAAAGAGGCCAGGAAGUUCAACAAGAGAGACUGGCUUCUCAGCAGCGAUCCGGCGGACGCAGCUAUGGGCCUGGUCGUGUUGGCCUAA